GCCGCCCUCUGCCCCCCGACCCGGAGCCCCCCGCCGUUCCGCCCCGCUCCGCCUGCCGACCCCCGCCGCCUCUCCUUUGCCCUCCGCCGCCGGUGCCGCCUCCGGACCCCCGCCUCUUAUUUUCGCUCCGUUUCGACCCCCCGGCUCCUCGCCGCCCCCCGCAGCCGCCAUGUCCACCCCGUCCCAACGGAGGAGCGGCCGGAGCGGCGGCACUUCGGGGACCCCCCUGUCCCCGACCCGCAUCACUCGGCUGCAGGAGAAGGAGGACCUCCAAGAGCUCAACGACCGCCUGGCCGUUUACAUCGACAAAGUGCGAUCCUUGGAGCUGGAGAACGCCGGGCUGAGGCUGCGGAUCACCGAGUCCGAGGAGGUGGUGAGCCGGGAGGUGUCGGGAAUCAAAGCCGCCUACGAAGCCGAGCUGGCGGACGCGAGGAAGACGCUGGACUCGGUGGCGAAGGAGCGGGCGAGGCUGCAGCUGGAGCUGAGCAAAGUGAGGGAGGAGCACAAGGAGCUGAAGGCCAGGAACGCCAAGAAGGAGGCGGACCUCCUGGCGGCCCAGGCGCGCCUCAAGGACCUGGAGGCUCUGCUCAACUCCAAGGAGGCCGCGCUGUCCACGGCGCUGGGUGAGAAGAGGAACCUGGAGAACGAAGUGCGGGACCUGAGGGCGCAGGUGGCCAAGCUGGACGGCGCGCUGGGCGAGGCCAAGAAGCAGCUGCAGGACGAGAUGCUGCGGCGCGUGGAUGCCGAGAACCGCCUGCAGACCCUGAAGGAGGAGCUGGAGUUCCAGAAGAACAUCUACAGCGAGGAGCUGCGGGAGACCAAGCGGCGGCACGAGACGCGGCUGGUGGAGAUCGACAACGGGAGGCAGCAGGAGUUCGAGAGCAAACUGGCCGAGGCGCUGCAGGACCUGCGGCGGCAGCACGAGAAUCAGAUCCGGCACUACCGCGAUGAGCUGGAGAAAACCUACGGCGCCAAGCUGGAGAACGCCAAGCAGUCGGCGGAGCGGAACAGCAGCCUGGCGGGCGCCGCGCACGAGGAGCUGCAGCAGACGCGCGUCCGCAUCGACAGCCUGAGCACCGAGCUCAGCCAGCUGCAGAAGCAGGUGGGAGCGGGGGGUCCUUCGCCCCCAGACCCACGAAACCCGGGGGGGCUCCUCCCAACCCCCCCCACCCUGGACCCCCCCCGGGUGGUGUCGUCCCAA